AUCCAAGUCGUCUUCAAUCUCGACCGUCCGAUCCCCCGUUAAACGAUGGCGGGCUCCUAACUCCCUUUCUCCGAAACAGCACAGCUCUAAGCUCCAUUAAAAAUCUCCAUUAAGCUCAAAAAAGGUGGGGAAAAACAAAAAAUAUCCACAAAAUUGCUAGAAAAAUUGAAAAUUUCCUCUUCUUCCUCCUCUCGACGCUCAAAAGAAUCUCCUGCUGCUUCACGAUCAAGGAAUCUCCUCAGAUGGACGGAACGGCUCCCGAUUUCCCCGUGGCGUUGACUCACAACGGCCGUUUUCUUCAGUACAAUAUUUUUGGGAAUUUGUUCGAGAUCACGGCGAAGUAUCAGCCUCCGAUCAUGCCGAUUGGCCGAGGAGCUUAUGGGAUCGUCUGUUCGGUGAUGAAUUCGGAGACGAGGGAGAUGGUGGCGAUUAAAAAGAUAGCGAAUGCAUUCAAUAAUCAUAUGGAUGCAAAGAGGACGUUGAGGGAGAUCAAGUUGCUGAGGCAUUUGGACCAUGAGAAUGUGGUAGGAAUAAGAGAUGUGACUCCCCCUCCAAUUCCAGAAUCAUUCAACGACGUCUACAUUGCAACUGAGCUCAUGGACACUGAUCUUCACAACAUCAUCCGAUCCAAUCAGGAUUUAUCCGAAGAACACUGUCAAUACUUUUUGUAUCAGAUACUUCGCGGGUUGAAAUACAUACACUCUGCAAAUGUGAUUCAUAGAGAUCUGAAACCAAGCAAUUUACUACUGAAUGCUAAUUGUGAUCUCAAAAUAUGCGAUUUUGGCCUAGCACGACCAACAUCAGAGAACGAUAUUAUGACUGAAUAUGUAGUUACGAGAUGGUACAGAGCACCGGAGUUGUUACUCAACUCGACUGAUUAUACUGCAGCUAUUGAUGUUUGGUCUGUUGGUUGCAUUUUUAUGGAGUUGAUGAAUAAGCAACCUCUCUUUCCUGGUAGAGAUCAUAUGCAUCAGAUGAGAUUGAUAACUGAGCGAAUUGGCACACCAACUGAUGCUGAUCUUGGAUUUGUUCGGAAUGAAGAUGCUAGAAAAUAUAUAAGACAUCUCCCAUUUUUUCCACGUCAACCCUUUGCAAGUUUGUUUCCUCAUAUCAAUCCAGUUGCCAUUGAUCUGAUAGAGAAAAUGCUGACAUUUGAUCCGAGAAAAAGAAUUUCAGUUGAAGAUGCACUUGCACAUCCAUAUCUCGAGAGAUUGCAUGAUAUUGCUGAUGAACCAAUUUGUAUGGAGCCUUUCUCCUUCGAAUUCGAGCAACAUGCAUUGACUGAAGAUCAAAUGAAGGAGUUGAUAUACAAUGAGGCUAUAUCUUUCAAUCCUCAAUAUGGCCAUUAGUUUUAUUUUUUGUAAAAUCUUUAUGUGUGAGUUAUAAUUGUCAUUUUGAUUCUUUUAUUUUCUUCCUCUUUGCUUUUGUUACCAUCUUGUUUCUUUCUUCUUUUUCCUGUUGAGAGUAAAGGUAGGAGUGCUGUUUAUAACUGAAUUUAUAAGGUGAGUGAAUUCAAUAAUGUCAUGUUAUCUUUCUCGAGGAAAGUAAUGUAAUGUUUUCUUUUA